AUGCUGAUUUCAUUAUACCGCAGAAGCACAUCUGUGCUUCCCCGCCUUGCUGCAGCUCUUAGCACUGCAGCCGAAAGUCAAGGCGCUAAACCGAAAACUGCUAUAGUUAUGCUAAACAUGGGCGGACCUCAGACAACUGAUGGGGUCGCGGACUACCUGCUCCGCAUAAUGACUGACCGAGACAUGAUCCAGCUGCCGGUCCAGAGCAAACUGGGGCCCUGGAUCGCUAGCAGGCGCACGGAGGAGGUGAAGAAGAAGUACACGGAGAUUGGUGGAGGCUCUCCGAUCCUGAAGUGGACCAACACCCAGGGCAGGCUGCUAACGGAGGCCCUGGACAAGAUGCUACCAGAGUCCGCGCCACACAAGCACUACGUCGCCUUCAGAUACGUGCCCCCUUUCACGGAUGAGACCUUCGAACAGCUGGAGAAGGACGGCGUGGAGCGUGUGGUGAUCUUCUCCCAGUAUCCCCAGUAUAGCUGCGCCACAACCGGUUCCAGUCUGAACGCUAUAGCGGACUUCUAUAAGAACAGACGCAUACCGGAGAGUAUAAAGUUCAGUGUGAUUGAGAGGUGGCCCACCCACCCGCUACUUGUGAAGGCUUUCGCGGAGAGGAUCAAGGAGAAACUGGAGAAGUUCGACCACAGCAUACGGGAUGACGUCCUCAUCAUGUUCACUGCUCACAGCCUCCCAUUGAAGGCGGUGUCUAGAGGCGACACCUACCCCCACGAGGUGGCAGCCACCGUCGCCGCCACCAUGGGCGAGCUGAGGGUGCCCAACCCCCACCGGCUGGUGUGGCAGUCCAAGGUCGGGCCCCUGCCCUGGCUGCAGCCCUACACUGAUGACGCCAUCAAGGCGUACGCGAAGCAGGGCAGACGCCACAUGAUCCUAGUGCCGAUAGCGUUUGUGAACGAACACAUCGAGACCCUGCACGAGCUGGACAUAGAGUACUGCGAGGAGCUGGCCCACGAGGCGGGCGUGAAGCAGAUAGAGCGUGCGGCGGCGCCAAACGACCACCCGGUGUUCAUAGCGGCCCUGGCUGACGUGGUGGCGAGACACCUCACUGUUGGACCAGCGGUAUCCCGCCAGCUGCUCUCCAGGUGUCCGCACUGCGUCAGCCAGAGGUGCAAGUCAUCUAAGGAGUUCUUCCGGAGGCUGUGCCGAGUACCAGAGACCUCGACCAACCCAGAGCUGGAAGCGGCCCGAGUG